CAAAGUACAGGGUGCAAAGGCCGUGGAUUCUGCUCUGGAUGGGAUGGGGGCCCCUGGGACGGGCUGAGCAGCACGGAGGUGAGGGGUCAGGAAGUCCUGGCUGCUGUGCGGAGCGUGGCCUGCAGGGGGCAGCGGUUGAAUCCAGGACGUAGUGGGAGGGGCCUGUAUUACUCACAGGGUGAUGAUGGGGGGCGCACCUGGCUGGGCAGGGAAGUGUGGGUGAGCGGAGGGCUUCUGAUCAUCUUCGCACAGGACGACCGAGGAGUCCCUGAUGGCGAGGGUUAAGGGAACGAUGGUGAGGCGCCUGGUCCCCCGUCUGCCUGCCCUCCCUGUCUGCCUCGCCGUGGUCCAGCUGCUCAGCCCCUGCUCAGCUCAGUUUGCUGUGGUUGGACCCCGUGAGCCCAUCCUGGCCAUGGUGGGUGAAGACGCUGAGCUGCCCUGUCACCUGUCCCCGGAGAUGAGCGCUGAGACCAUGGAGCUGAGGUGGGAGCGACCCAGUCUCAGGCAGGUAGUGCCCACGUAUGCCCAGGGGCAGGAGGACAUGCCGGCAGCAGAGUAUCGAGGGAGAACUUCGAUUUUAAGAGAGGACAUCACUGCGGGGAAGGCUGCUCUCCAGAUUCGGGACAUCAGAGCCUCUGACAGAGGAACCUACCUGUGCUAUUUCCAAUAUGGAGACAUCUAUGCAAAAGCCCAGGUGGAGCUAAAGGUUGCAGCGCUGGGCUCUGACCCCCACGUUGAAAUGAAGCGCUAUGAGGCUGGAGGGAUCCGUGUGGAGUGCACGUCUGCCGGCUGGUACCCGCAGCCCCAGAUCCAGUGGAGAGACGCCAGGGGACACAGCUUGUCUGCUGAGGUGGCCACAGAGGCUGCAGACCCCCAGGGCCUUUAUGCAGCCUCAGCCUCUGUGAUCUUGGAGGACAGCUCUGGGGAGGGGAUCUCCUGUGUCAUCAGAAACCCCCUGCUGGCCCAGGAGAGGUCAGCCAGGGUUUCCAUCCCAGGCCCCUUCUUCCGGAACGCGCAGCCCUGGGUGGUGGCCCUGGGCGUGACCCUGCCGGCGCUGCUCGGGCUCCUGGCGGGGGCGGGCUACUUCCUCUGGCGACAGCAGAAGAGGAUCCAGGCCCUGUCCCAGGAGAAGGAGUGGGAGCGAGCAGACAAAGUAGCAGCUCAGGCGGAGGGGCGGCGGGAACGAGUCGCCAAAGAGAGGCUGCAGGAUGAACUCAGGUGGACAAGGACCUGGUACCUACCACGUGAGUACCGGACCCGCAUCUCAGUGUCUGUGCUCAGAUAUUUCAGCCCCUUUCCUACCCCCUAA